AGGCGGGGCUCGGAACGUGGGGGGGGGGCAGGUCUGCAUUGCCGCUUCCCCGGGUACCCGGAGCAGUCGCCGCUGCCUCCAGCCCCGCGGCCGGGACCCAGCCCCCACCCGGGACUCCCUUACCCCGGGGACCCAGCCCAGAUCUCCAGAGGCGCCUGGAAGAGAAGUAGGUGGCCUCUCCUGAGUUAUCCUGGCUCCCCAGCUUAGCGACCCCCACGCUGGCUCCCCCGCCCUUUCCCGUUCCUCUGCUCCCCCUCUCCCUUCCCUAUGCGCCCAGCUGAACGGGGUGUAGGCCGAAGCUCCUCUCCCUCCUUUCUCCUGGCCAAGUCCUAUUUUCUCCUGUUCUGUGCCCAAAGAUACUUGAACGCAUGUCAUCUAAGUAACUGCGGGAAGGGUCUUUCUGCCGCCGCGGGUCCUUGAGCAAAAGCUGCGGAAGGAGCAGGGAGUGGGGGAGCUCCGGAGAAGCAUCCCGAAAGCCCCAUCAUGGAAGAGGGCUUCAGAGACCGGGCAGCUUUCAUCCGUGGGGCGAAAGACAUUGCCAAGGAAGUCAAGAAGCACGCAGCGAAGAAGGUGGUGAAGGGCCUGGACAGAGUCCAGGACGAAUAUUCCCGAAGGUCCUACUCCCGCUUUGAGGAGGAUGACGACGACGACGACUUCCCUGCCCCUGCUGAUGGCUAUUACCGUGGGGAAGGCACCCAGGACGAGGAGGAAGGGGGCGCAUCCAGUGACGCCACCGAGGGCCACGACGAGGAUGAUGAGAUCUACGAGGGGGAAUAUCAGGGCAUCCCCCGGGCAGAGUCUGUGGGCAAAGGCGAGGGGAUGGCAGACGGGGCCCCCCUGGCUGGAGUGAUGGGGGGCCUGGGUGAUGAGGAGAGCCCCCCUGGGGGUCGGGGGGAGGCACAGCGGAGGAAAGAACGGGAAGAACUGGCCCAGCAGUAUGAAGCCAUCCUCCGGGAGUGUGGCCAUGGCCGCUUUCAGUGGACGCUCUACUUCGUACUUGGUCUGGCGCUGAUGGCUGACGGUGUCGAGGUCUUUGUGGUGGGCUUCGUGCUGCCCAGUGCCGAGAAGGAUAUGUGCCUGUCUGACUCCAACAAAGGCAUGCUGGGUCUCAUUGUGUACCUGGGCAUGAUGGUGGGGGCCUUCCUCUGGGGAGGGCUGGCUGACCGGCUGGGUCGGAGACAGUGUCUGCUCAUCUCGCUCUCGGUCAACAGCGUCUUCGCCUUUUUCUCAUCUUUCGUCCAGGGUUACGGCACUUUCCUCUUCUGCCGCCUCCUUUCUGGGGUCGGGAUUGGAGGAUCCAUCCCCAUUGUCUUCUCCUAUUUCUCGGAGUUCCUAGCCCAGGAGAAACGUGGGGAGCACCUGAGCUGGCUCUGCAUGUUCUGGAUGAUUGGUGGGGUGUAUGCAGCUGCUAUGGCCUGGGCCAUCAUCCCCCACUACGGGUGGAGCUUUCAGAUGGGGUCUGCUUACCAGUUUCACAGCUGGAGGGUCUUUGUCCUCGUCUGCGCCUUUCCUUCUGUGUUUGCCAUCGGGGCUCUGACCACACAGCCUGAGAGUCCCCGCUUCUUCCUGGAGAAUGGGAAGCACGAUGAGGCCUGGAUGGUACUGAAGCAGGUUCAUGACACCAACAUGCGAGCCAAGGGGCAUCCUGAGCGAGUCUUCUCAGUAACCCACAUUAAGACGAUCCAUCAGGAGGAUGAGUUGAUUGAGAUCCAGUCAGACACGGGGACCUGGUACCAGCGCUGGGGUGUCCGAACCCUUAGCCUGGGAGGGCAGGUUUGGGGCAAUUUCCUCUCCUGUUUUGGUCCAGAAUAUCGACGCAUCACUCUGAUGAUGAUGGGUGUGUGGUUUACCAUGUCGUUCAGCUACUAUGGCCUGACUGUCUGGUUUCCCGACACGAUCCGCCAUCUCCAGGCGGUGGACUAUGCAGCCCGCACCAAAGUGUUCCCCGGGGAGCGUGUGGAGCACGUGACUUUUAACUUCACCCUGGAGAAUCAGAUCCAUCGAGGGGGACAGUACUUCAAUGACAAGUUCAUCGGGCUGCGCCUGAAGUCGGUGUCCUUUGAGGACUCCCUGUUUGAGGAGUGUUAUUUCGAGGACGUCACAUCCAGCAACACGUUUUUCCGCAACUGUACAUUCAUCAACACUGUAUUCUACAACACGGACCUGUUUGAGUACAAGUUUGUGAACAGCCGUCUGGUGAACAGCACGUUCCUGCACAACAAGGAGGGCUGCCCACUAGACGUGACAGGGACAGGCGAGGGUGCCUACAUGGUGUACUUCGUCAGCUUCCUGGGGACGCUGGCUGUGCUUCCCGGGAAUAUCGUGUCUGCCCUGCUCAUGGACAAGAUUGGCAGGCUCCGGAUGCUUGCUGGCUCCAGCGUGAUGUCCUGUGUCUCCUGCUUCUUCCUGUCUUUUGGGAACAGUGAAUCAGCCAUGAUCGCUCUGCUCUGCCUUUUUGGAGGGGUCAGCAUUGCAUCCUGGAACGCGCUGGACGUGUUGACUGUCGAACUCUACCCCUCGGACAAGAGGACCACAGCCUUCGGCUUCCUGAAUGCCCUGUGUAAGCUGGCAGCGGUGCUGGGGAUCAGCAUCUUCACGUCCUUUGUGGGUAUCACCAAGGCUGCUCCCAUCCUCUUUGCCUCAGCUGCCCUUGCCCUCGGGAGCUCUCUGGCCCUGAAGCUGCCCGAGACCCGGGGGCAGGUGCUGCAGUGAGGGGGUCUCUGGGGCUUCGGGGUGGCAGGCACACUGUGAGACCAACAACUCCUUCUCCCUUCUCCCUGCCCUGCCAUCCUGGCCCCCCGAGCCCUCACUCCCACCUGUGUUUGGUGUCUUAGCUGUGUGUGUGUGUGUGUGUGUGUGUGUGUGUGUGUGUGUACGCACAUGUAUGUGACCCUGUGGGCAGGGACGACAGGGAAAGCUCCAUCAUCCCAGUUUUGGGAUGCAGCUCUACUCCCCACCUCCUACCACCCUCGACUUUGCACAAGAGAAGGCUUGGCCCCACCCUUCUCUCCCAGUGUUAGUGAUGGGCCCUUGCUCUUCCCGGCCCCAGGGGCGCCAGAACAUGUUUCCUGCCUCCCCCUCUUUCCCUCUGCCUAGGCCCUGGUGAAACCAUGAGCUUGUGGUUAUACUGGGGGCUGGGGCUUGGUGUAGACCAUGGACCAAAAGAACUUUACCUUAGAGAGGAAGGUGUGCCCUCUCACACCUCCUGUUGGAUGCUGGGGGAGCAGCAAUAAACCCCAGCCCCCUGGCCUCCACUUCCCCUUCAUUUGGGCUUAAGAGGCCUGAAUUUUAUGGAAUUAGCUUUCUGAUUCUUAAUUAUUUCUAUAUUAAGUUCUGAGGCACUCAGCAGGACUGUGUGUGUGUGACUAUGUGUGUAUCCUUAUGUAUGUGUGUGUAUGUGCCAUGGGCAGGGGUGUCACUAUAGUGUCCUAAAAUACAAGCUAAGGGUAAUGUCAAUGGACACACACACAACCCUGCCUUCCAUGGUACCCCCUCCCCCGCCAAUCUUGUUUCUGUGCCAGGCCUGGGAGGGAGGAGCCCUAGGCCAGGCUGGGGUAAGAGUCCCACAGUCUAGUGAGAUCUGAGGGGACCUCCCCUCCUCUCAAGAAACACAGGCCUCCUCUGGAGAGGCUCCACCCACUAUAGCACAGACAGUAACAGCACAGCUGCUCUCACAGCCCCAGCCUGUCAGCCUGUCCCCUCACAGGCAGGGGGGCAGGGGAGGGAAAGAAACCAGGCAUAUGGUCAAACCAGCAGAUCCAAAAGCACAAGGAGCUGGGGCAGGGGCCCUCCCAGCAACCAGAGCGGAAAGAGGUUGGGUAGUAAGCCAGGGGCCCCAGUGCAGGGACCAGAGCCUCAGUUGCCCCAUCUCACCCUUUCCACACAAUAGCCCCUGUAGGUUAAGCUGCCCCUGUCCCACACUAUCCGUAUGGCUGCUUUCUUUGGUGUCCCCCUCCCCCCAACCGUAGCUGUGAUGUGUUGUAGUUUUUAGCUGUUUGUAAAAAUGUUAAAAAUUAAAAGGAAAAAAGUGAAAACAACAAAAAAAGAAAAUCCAAAUUCACCUUCCUCCUGCUGCGUCUGGUGCCGCCAGCCUAUGGUCACUCCCUCCAUUUUGUAACACUGAACCAGGUGGUGACUGUUUAACUCCUUGGUGUCUGCUCAAAGGACUGCCUUCUCCUCCAGUGCCCCGUGUAUGUGUGUGCCCUUCCCUCACCCUUCACUUGCUGGACGCAGCCCCUCCCCUGCACCCCUGGAGGGACCAUCCAUCUCCCUUGCUCUCCUGGGGAACCCUAAACCCAACUCUGUUGAUGUGAAAAAUGAAAUGAAAAAUAUUGAUGAAAAAUAAACAGGAAACAAAUCCUUAAA